AUUUUAUUCAAAAUUAUAUUAACCGUUAAUAAAAAAUGGUAACUAUUAAGGAAAUGCUUAAUUUUAAUUGGCUGAAACUAUGUCCUGUAUAUAACAUGGGUCUCCGACGGAGUUCUUAUUAUCAAAGAAAUCAAAAAAAAAAUCUCUCAAAAAAAUGUGCACGUGUAAUAUCAUGUGCUUUUAGUAUCGUGAUCACAUUUUCAUGAUUCAGUCUCCUCCUCCUCCAUGACAAAUUUUUCUAAAGCGUUAAGGAGGAUACAGUUAUAGUUAAGUACAGUAACUCAUAUAAUAUCAUAAUAUAUACUAUCAUUAAAGAUGACUAGAAUAGGUAGUAAAGUUUUCCCUGCUUUCAAAACUUUACAUCAUGCUUUAAAACAAGAAUUAUCCAUAAUUGAACAUAAAUCAUCUAUAGUUCAUUUCCAAAAGACAUUUGAAAAACAAAUUACAUUAUUAAAUUAUAAUCGAAUAAAUGCAUUAAAGGAAUCAAAUCAAUCUAAAGUUCAAGACAUUGAUGAAAAAAUCACUCAACUUCAAAAAACCAAACAAGAUAUCGAUAAUGCGAAUGUGGAAGAAGUUAAGCCUGAAUUAAAGGAUGAAUCAUUAUUACAUGAAUUAACUCAUGAUAUAAAUCAUGAUGAUAAAUAUAAAUUAAAUCAUUUAUCGAAUAUAUCGAAUUUUUUAAGUAGUCAAAGAGUUUAUAAUGAGUUAUUAGAGAGAUAUAAUCCUGGAUUAACUAUGAAUCAAGAAGAUAAAGUUAAACGAACUGCCAAUCAUGUUGGUUUACAAGUUCCAGAAUAAUGAAAUUUUACAUAGUUUUGAUUUUAGACGUAUAAAUAUAUGA